UGACACAUAGCAGCUAGAGGAAAAAAACCCUAUCUCCUUCGAACAAAACUUUUGCAAACCAGCGCGAUCGAAAAAGUGUCCCGUACGUGUUCCGCUGUCGGGAAUCCGUUUUACGCCUACCGUUGGUUGCUGCUCCCGCUGAAGAUACGCGCCCCGACAAUGCUGACCAAUCUGGCCAAGCUGUCCGCUGUCCGCGGAGUGUCGCAUUCCGUCACCAAUGGGCUGAAACCUGCUGUCGUCGGUGCCGCGAAGACCGAAAGCAAAUCUGCAUCCGCCGCAGGUCAGAUUCCUCUCGUUUCUGCCUCGUCCGGGGCUGGUCUGCCGAACGGCAAUCUUCGGGUGGUUUCUGGCGUCACAGGAGCAACACAGAUCCGAUGCGCCCACACCGAUAUCCGUGUGCCGGAUUUCUCGGACUACCGUCGCGACCAGGUUAAGCGCCCGAACGCGAAGAACGACAGUGCGGAUGAUCGUGCUGCCUUCACGUACCUGUUGGUUGGAGGUGCCGCCGUAUCGACUGCAUACGUCGCAAAAUCGCUGGUAUCGACGUUUGUGUCCUCGAUGAGCGCAUCCGCCGAUGUGUUGGCCAUGUCGAAGAUUGAAAUCAAGCUGGCUGACAUCCCGGAGGGCAAAUCGAUGACGUUCAAGUGGCGCGGUAAGCCCCUGUUCAUCCGUCACCGCACGGCAGGCGAGAUCGAAGCGGAACAAUCGGUCGCGGUCGCCACCCUGCGUGAUCCCCAGAACGAUGCUGAACGCGUCCAAAAACCGGAAUGGCUCGUCGUUAUCGGUGUCUGCACGCAUCUUGGUUGUGUGCCGAUUGCAAACGCUGGUGACUUCGGUGGCUACUACUGUCCGUGCCACGGUUCCCAUUACGAUGCGUCCGGCCGUAUCCGCAAGGGUCCGGCUCCGCUAAACCUGGAAGUGCCGUACUAUGAGUUCCCGGAGGAUGGUCUCCUUGUUGUCGGUUAAAAACCUCCAUCCUCUCUUUCCCGCUCCACACCGCACACCUUCAGUUCCAGCGUAAAAAGGUUCAAAGCAUCUCCCCCUUUCAAAUAAGUAGUGCGAACAAAUCGCAGAACGAGUAGCGGAAUUCACACCGAACAAUCAAUCAUGGUUCGGCGAUUCGAAUGUUGGAUUCAUGGAUUGCCACCGCCGGGUGUGUUUGUAAGUAUUUGCAAAACUUAAUCCGACCUACGACCUAAACCCAGAGACCGCUAGAAGAGGCGUCCCAAACCAACAGGAGGCAACAAUGCAACCAAAACCAAUUUACCGAUAGUAGAACAAUUACAGCAGACUGGGUAAUAAAUUGAUGAAAAUUGACGUUACUAUAGUUUA